GGCUCCAAUUGGACAGCUAUGCAGGAGACCAUGGGUUGGAGACAUUUUCGAGUAAUUCAGUGUCGUAAGGGAGCAUCCGGCGUGGUGUUCGUGCAGAUGCAGGCCAGCUGUGACCCCGCCACGCAGCUAUGGAUCAAUGCGAGCAAUCUGAAGGACCGGGACCUGUGGGCGGCCGGGUGGCUGCAAAUGAGCGAGGUGACCGACCCCGCGGGUGCAUUGGUGGGCGGCGUCACCUGCCGCACCUGCAGCGGCACCGGCGCCACACCCUGCCCUGUAUGCGAUGCCACCGGUGCAGUGCUGCUGCCGCCGUCGGGGCUGGGCGGCCCGCGGGCGACGUCCGUGACCGCAGCGAGCGCCGUCGCUGCGCCGGCUGAUGUGGACAGCAGCGGCUUCCUGAGCACAAGUAGUAGCAGUGGAGGCAGCAGCGGAGUAGCGGAUGAUGGUGAUGGGACCAACGCGCUGGGUCACUCGCUUAGCGGGCGCGCUGGGAUUGGCACGGGGGAUGCAUCAGGCGCGGGUGCUGCGGCAGUGGUGGGUGGCGGAGGGGGCAGUUCCAGGGAGCCUGGCGAAUCAUAGUCAGGGCGGCUGCGGCGUGCAGGUGCAGCAUGGACGGAUAAAAUUUGGGAUUUUUUGGCGGGUGCCCGGGCGACACCCUAUGCCGGAGCUGGUAGCAGGCUUUUUUUGGUGGGUAUGCGGUGUCUUCUUGGUGGAGGCGGGGUGGGCGGCAGAGUCGAUUGCAUGCCCAUGCAUGUUCGACAGUGUUUGCCGUUAAGGCCAGCCAGCUGCGCCGGCUUUUACAUAUCGCUGUGGGCCUUGUUGGGUGACACCUACAAGCAUAGUGGCCCUCUUCCACGCUUUAGGAAUGUUGAAGAAAGGUAAAGCAGGAACAAUUCCUCGAAUGCUGGGCCAGGUCGACUGCAAGGAGUGCGUGGACUGCGGCCAAGUGUGUAAGAUUCUUGAUAGC